GCUGGGAUUGACAGAGAAUCCUAUUUAUGAAAACACCCUUGAUGAAGAAAGCAUAAAGCAAAGAAGAAAUUUUGCAUGGAUGUUUCCAAGUGUGACGGGCACAGUAAUGCGGGGACCAUCCACUCCUGGGACACUUCAGAUCACUUGAUACAAAAGGGGAGCCUUGAUUCAGCACUGAGCAUGUGAGUUGGCUGUGGUCGAGGAUUACAAGAGCUGUUUUGAUCAGGGGAAAAAUUCUGUUUUUAGCACAGGCAGCAAUUAAAAUAGCUCGUGAAUCUAAACGCCUCGGGGAGCUGUCAUAAAAGGAGGUAGAAGAUCCAUCUUCUGGACUCCUCUGCAGCCAGAGAUGAGCCUGGAGAAAGCAGAGAAGAGAGCCUGAGGUUCUGGUGAAAAAGGACAACUUGAGACAUUGAGCCAGAUACGCCAAUUUGAUCUUGAGAUGGCCGAGGAGGAUCUCCAGGGUUCGAGCACCCGUUUCUCACUCUCCUUUUCGGGAAGCGGCUUCCUCGUCCUGUACCAGGUUGGGGUGGUGCAGUCCCUCCUGGAGCUGGCUCCCAAACUCCUCAAGUCUGCGUGCAAGGUCUAUGGGUCGUCCGCCGGCUCGAUCAUCGCUGCCGCUGUGGUGUGCGGCAUCGGCCUCGAUGAAGUAAAGGAAUCUUUCUUUGCCAUGGCAAAGGAAGUCAGGAAAACCCUCCUGGGCCCUCUCUCUCCCAAGUGCAGCUUGCUGGCGAACAUCAAGACUAUUCUGCAGCGGACGCUACCAGAGGACUCCUACCAGCUGGCUUCGGGGCGGCUGCACAUCUCGCUCACGCGGGUGGUGGACGGCCAAAAUGUCAUAGCCUCUGAGUUCAGCUCGAAAGAGGAGCUCAUCCAGGCUCUUCUCUGCAGCUGCUUUCUUCCCAUCUACUGUGGAUUCAUCCCUCCAUCCUACCGAGGUGUGCGAUACGUUGAUGGAGGAUUCACCGGCCUCCAGCCCGUUUCCAGCUUGGAGGAAGCCGUGAUCACUGUGUCCCCGUUCACGGGAGAGCUCGAUAUCUGUCCACGGGAUUGCCCCGCCACCUUCUUCUGUUACCAGAUCUUCAACGGCAGCAUUCAGAUCUCGAUAGAAAACCUCUGCAGGAUUAGCUAUGCUCUCUUUCCACCUAGCACCAUGGUGUUGAAUGACAUUUUCUCCCAAGGGUACCAGGACACUGCCCUUUUCCUGUACAGGAACAAUGCCUUUGGGUUCAACUACUUUGACGGCAAUUUCCGCUUCGCCAGCAUGUGUGGGAAAAAUGACUUUUCACACUCCAACGGGAGAAGCACUGGCCUAUGCAAAAGGGCACCGCAGCGCCUGACUCCUUGCUUCCUGCCAGGCUUGGCUCUGUGGAGGAAGGAGCCGGUGACUGGACUGCAGAAUCCACUGUCAAAGGUCCUGUUGCAGCCAUACAGGCUGCCAGCUCUUGUCAGGAAGGGGCUGGAGAAGCUGUGGGGGCUGCUGGAAGGUAUUAGCUCCAUGGUAGAAUGGUUCCAGAAGCUCCUCCAAACCAUGGUGCCUGGUUUGCUUAAGAAAGCCAUGGCCAGGAGGUAACCACCCUGGAUGGGCCCUGAGCUCUCUGGCACCAGCGGUUCUGCUGCCCCGGGAAGCGGUGGGUGACACCAGAGCUCAUUUCAGACAGCAGCACGGCUGCUUGGUUUUUAUGGAGUUGUUUUUUUUUUUUCUGCAGUGGGUUUUUUCUUCACUCGGGAAAACCGGCCGAUUUUGUUUCCAGUGCUGCUGCUGCAGUCUCUGUGCCCAGGCCUGAGCUGUUUUACCAUGAUGGCCGAGGAAAAGCACUGCAGUGCUGCAUCUGCAACCAGACCCCAGUCUGCCCAGGGCUUCUUCACUUGCAUGUGUGUACAGCCCAGCCACCAGUUUCCCCACUUGCUGGUCACCAGCAGCACCUCUCCCCCUGCUGUAAAGCAGAUUACAUGGCAGGCAUUUGCCAGGAAAUGUCACAUUUUUAGUGUUUUCCUCCCACUCAAAAACUUUCAGAGAGAUUCAUCAAACAGAAAACAGAGAGAGGGAGAAGCCUUAGGGAGCAUCACAGUGGGUAGAACCAAUUUCUGUCCAGUUCCCUGAAGUUAUUUUACCAAUUACCUAUUCUUGAGCUUCAAGCACCCUCACAGGCCUGCUUCUCCUGCCAGCCGAGGUAGGUGCACACUUGGGUCCCUCCGAAAUUGCAGCUGUGGAGAAUGAUGGAGAAACCUAAAGAUUAACCUCCUCCUCCUCCUUCAAAGCACCCAGACUCUUGCAGACUGCAAUUCCUAUUGCACCAACAGAGCUGACGUUUCACAAGUACGUUAGUUCUUCUCAUGUAGUUUUCUGUAACUCGCUGCUACAAACCAGCGUACAAACAGCCCAGGCAAACACACCUCGUGUUGCUGGUCUCUAUGUAGAAUAAAUUGGCAGCACUCUUAACCGUCCCAAAUGCAUUUUGCACAUCAGAGGCUGAUGGAUUGGCUUUACCCCAGCUGAGUCUCCCCCGUUUGUUGGUUCCCAAUGGGCAAAUGGAUCACAACAGCACAAGCUGUUUAUUUGAAGAAACAGCUCGUAUAACUGCACAAAGGGAAAUGGUACAGAGGGAAGUUUCAUCCAAAGUGCCCUGGAGACUGCAGGCAUGAAUGUGGGGAACAGCGGAAAUCUGCAUCGAUGUAAACAGAUUCAAAGUUAACUAUUAAUGCUUGGUGAGAGAUUAAUAUGUUCUGCUAUCUCUGGUUGAAAUCAGUGACCUGGGAAUAUUAUCUCUGCAAUGAGCUUGCUAAGAGAGACCAGGAUGCUUCUUUGUAUGGGAUCUAUCAAAACCUACCCCUGUCUUCCUUGCAUCCUGGAUGGAUUUACUUACAUCUUAACCCCUGCAGCCAAAAGCAGCUCAUGAACCGUGACUAUGUUCCUGCCACGGAUCAAAGAGGAGAGAGCAGAGACACCCCCCGCUCCCCAGGCAGGAGCAGGGCAGGCCAGCCUUCAUUUGCUUUUGCUCAUGCUGCACUUCUGCUUUUACCUCCCAGGCAGACAGCCCCACUCCUGCAACAGCACUUCUACCAGGCUCCUGGUCUUCCUAGCCAGCACCACCACCUCCAGGCAGGGUAUAACCAUUUCAGCCAGCCUCAGGCAGUUACACUAUCCCUAUUCAAAUGGGAAUUAAAAUCCCCAAAAUAAAAUUCUCACACAGGAAUUGGGCAUCCACAUCCACUAAAUUUGCCUGAAAAUCUCAACCACAAGCAGGCGCGUAGUUUGAACUACCCAGCGCAUCCCACCUGCCCCUACACGGCACAGUCCUUGAUCAUGAGAAGGUAGUAAAACCUUGAGAACUUUCACAAAAAACAGCCUACAAAGAUCACCCAAACCAAAAUGGUCACAGCACCAAACUCUCCUGCUCCAAACAUGCAGAAGUGUGCUAAGAUAGAGGUAUUUAAUGACCCAUCAUUCAAAUCACUCUCUUUUGCUUUAUUAAUCCCCCAUCUUUUCAACCAAGCACUCUGGUGCUGUUUCCUUUGUAAGAACUUGGAUCGAAUGGCCAGAGGCAAUGGGUAGGGGCAAAGUUUGGCACCUCUUUGAAUCACCUUGUUGCAGGAGCUGGUUUCACCCUUAGAGAAGCAAGUUGGGAAACCCAGCUGCGCCCAGCUCAAACCAGCUGCACUAGAUGCUGUUUUCAGCCUGAAAUGACUCUUUUAAAGGUGGGUGAUGGGAAUCACCUGGGGUCUGUGGGGGAUAGGGGGGUGGUUGUGGCCCUGCCUGUGCUGGUGACACUGCUGUCACAGUGUGCUCUUCGGUGCCUCUCAGCGUUUCUCUCUUUAAAAUGUGAACUGCGGCCAAAGGCAGCAGCAGGGUCAGAAAUGCUCUUCUGUGGCUGGCGUGGCCCUAAAGGGAGUAAAACCAUAUCGGUCAAUCUGACAGACACUUCUGGUGAAACAAACUGGAGUCAAAUAUCUGACCUAGGGCUGCUUCCCUCCCUCCUGUUGUCUAUAUGGUAACAGGACAAGAAGGUUUUAGUAUCCUUAAAAUAUUGGCCUCAUCCCUCAUCCUGUUGCUUGCCCUGGUCUGCACUGAACUCAGCAGAGAUGUGAAGCCUGAGGUGGAUGGGCUGAGAGUUUGGAGACAACCCAAGGCAGCAGCAGCUCUCUCUAAAGCUGGAUACCACCAGUGGGAAUGGGAGUUCUGGGGCCUGAUCCACACAACCGACCCAAAUGAAAACAAACCUCUGUCCAAUCCCGCCUGUGUCUCUGCCUGUUGACUACAGGUGCUUUAUUCCAGACUCUGCUUUUAGUCUAGACACUGAGGAGGGUGCAACUCCUUGUGGAGCCGUCCUGUUGGGCACUGGAUAAAGAUCAACCUUGUGGUUAAUCUGCUAAUCCAGCCUGAGCCUUGCUGGUGUGCAGGUUCUACCACAGCAGCAGUCCUUUGGAAAUAUUCUGAUUUAUUCAGGAAAAUAGGUGUGAGUUGUUCCCAGUUUUAUACCCUUGAUUAUUUGGAAAUGUCAAUGAUAUUAUAGUAUUGUGCAGAUAAACAGUAAAAUAGCCUUUUCCUGGCCUAAAUCAUCAAGGCUUUUCCUUCCCAGAACUGAAAAAUUUGAUGUUCUUCUCCCUCUGGAGAUAAGAGCACUGAUUUACCUCUUGGCUGCUCUCUGGCCUAACAGAUGGGUCUUGAGUCCUUCCACAGGUGACCUUAGUUUGGUGAAAAAUGUUGCAGCCAAAGCUGCAAACCAGACACCGAGAUUCCCGAUAGCCUAGAGCCUGCCCAACCUCUAAAGGAACCUGGUUCCUACUAUGUUGCUCUCAAAGCCUCAUGUAGUUCAGACUGAUGAAGCCUU